GCAUCACUCUUCGCCCUGUUGCUGUGACUAGUAUUAUUGAAAUCAAUACACUCCCAUGGGUCGAUCGAUUGUCUACCUAGAUGUUGCAUUGUCCAACUGUCACCUGUGACGUGUAUAAAGUAGCUAGCCGGAUGCACAGAGGGGUAAAGUUGCGAGAACAUACCUUCAGGGCGGUUGGUUAUAUGAUACAAUGAGGGUCCAAGAGCGAUAUCUACUUCCCAUAAGAAGACUAUCCACCCCUAAUGCCUUCCAAACAAGCUUCUCCCAUCUAGCCCCCGAGAUAGGAUAGAAAAACAAUAAAUCAUCGACCAUGCUUCUGAAUAUUCUCUAUUCAAAUUGGAUACUGUCCACGACAGUUACUUGCAUCGCUGCGAUCAGCAUCGGUGUUUACUUCGGGUAUUGGAAACAUCGUCGCAACGAUACCAAUAAGCCGGUAUCAGUUAAUUACUUUUUUACACGAAAAUGCAACAAAGAGUGUGCAUUCUGCUUCCACACAGAGAAGACCUCAUAUGUCGCUCCGGAGGAGGAUAUGAAGCGUGGACUCCGCCUCCUUAGAGAAGCUGGCAUGCGCAAGAUUAACUUUGCUGGCGGCGAACCGUUCCUCUACCCCGACAAGUUAGCCAUGCUCUGCCGUUUCUGCAAGGAAGAGCUCGGUCUCGAGAGCGUCAGCAUCAUUACCAACGGCACAAAAGUUACCAAGAAGUGGAUGGAUGAGCAUGGCCAAUGGGUCGACGUGCUGGGUGUGAGCUGCGACAGCUUCAACGAGGAAACCAACAUCGCUAUUGGCCGGGGCACAGGAAAGAAUGUCACGCAGUUAUUCCUUAUCCGCGACUGGUGCCGUCAGCUAGGCAUUAAGUUUAAGCUCAAUACGGUGAUAUGUACACACAAUUGGCAGGAGGAUAUGGCGGACACGGUCCAACGACUAGAUCCAUUCCGAUGGAAGGCCUUUCAAGUGUUGUACGUGGAGGGCGAGAACGACGCGGAAGAGAAAGAAAAUCGCCUCGACAAGCGAAAGCGAGACGCUAAGAAGCUUCUCAUCUCAGACGAGCAAUUUCAGACUUUCUGUGAUAAACACCAGCAUCUUAAAUGUUUCAUACCUGAGCCCAAUUCAGUCAUGGCGUCCAGCUAUCUUCUCGUGGACGAGUUCUUCUGCUUCUUGGAUAAGGGUGCUGGGGUUGAGAAGCAGUCACGAUCCAUCCUAGAUGUCGGAGUAUAUACAGCGCUGAACGAGGUUCACUGGGACCGGGAAGCGUUCAACCAGCGUGGGGGCUUGUACGAGUGGACAAAGGAUAUCAUCGGGGAUGAAGAAAAGAUCGAUGGCGGCUGUGGAUCUGGAGUUAAUAAUAAGUCGUUAGAAUGGUGAGAAGGGAGAGACAGGCCAGUCUAGGUCGUAUCGUAUCGUAUCGUAUCUGCCUAUGAGUCAACUGUGCGAUUGCAAGGAUAUCUGCACUGUAUUUUACCUUUUUUUUUUUAGUUGAUGUACUCAGCGAGUUAUAGCGGUUAUACACUGGAGCUUAACUGGUAGAUGACUGGUAGAUUGCUUCCAAGGUUAUCAUAA